AUGGGGAGAAAGACAGAAGGGAGCGGAAACACAGAAGGGACAAAAAUAGAAGAAUCGAAAGACAAAAGGGGAGAAAGACAGAAGGGAGGAAAGACAGAAGAGGACAAAGACAAAAGGGGAAGGAAAGACAGAAGGGAGAAAGAUAGAAGCGGGAAAGACAGAAAGGAGAAGACAGAAGGAGAGAAGACAGAAGGAGAGAAGACAGAAGGGGAAGACAUAAGGGGGAAAACAGAAGUGGGGAAUAGACGGAAGGGAGGGAAGACAAGGGGAGAAAAACAGAAGGGAGCGGAAACACAGAAGGGACAAAGACAGAAGGGGCAAAAGACAAAAGGGGGAAAAGACAAAAAGGGGAAAGACAGAAGGGGGGAAAACAGAAGUAGGGAUAGACGGAAGGGGGGGAAAGACAGAAGGGAAGGAAAAGGCAGAAGGGGGAAAGACAGAAGGGAAGGGAAAGACAGAAGAGGACAAAGACAGAACGGGAGGAAGACAGAUCGGGAAGGGGGGAAAGACGGAAGGGGGGACGACAGAAGGGGUAAGGCAGAAGGGAGGGAUGAACCGAAGAGAAGAAAGACAGAAGGGGACAAAGACAGAAGGGGGGAAAGACAGAAGGGCCGAGUAACAGAAGGGGAGAAAAACAGAAGGGGGAAAAACAGGAGGGAAGACAAGAGGGAAGACAGAAAGGGGAAUGACAGAAAGGGAAAAAGACAGAAGGGGGUGAAAAUCAGAAGGGAGGAAAGACAGAAGGGGGAAAGACAGAAGGGAAAGACAAGGGAAGAAAGACAGAAGGAGAGAAAAACAGAAGGGGAGAAAGACGGAAAGGGAGACAGACAGAAAGAAGGAGAGGCAGAUAGACAGAAGAGGAAACAGGUAGAAAGAAAGAAAGAAAGAAAGACAGGAACAGAAAGAUGGGACAGGAAGACAAAAGGACAGAAAGACAGAAGAGCAGAAAAACAGGGGAACAGAGGAACAAAAAGACGGAAUGAUAAAAAGAUAGAGGGACCGAAAGUUGGAGUGACAGAAAGACACAGACGGAAAAAAGAUAGAAGGACAGAAAGAUAA